AUGGCGACGGCUGCUGCGGCUUCAACCUCGACCUCCCACACGGACCCAUCACGACAUCUCCUCAUACCUCUGCAUGUAGCCUUCGUCGAAGCCCUGGACAAGAAACGCGAUUCGCUCGCCUACCACUUCACCACGCAUCUGCGCAUGAAUGGCGUCUACUGGGGGCUCACCGCGUUGGAGAUCUUGGGCAGACCCGAGGUGUUGGACAGACAGGCGCUGAUCGACUUUGUGUUCGGCUGUUGGGAUGACGAGGCGGGUGGAUUCGGCUCGUUUCCGGGACACGAUGCACAUGUGCACAGCACAUUGUCUGCGAUUCAGAUCCUUUCUAUGAAAGACGCGAUCGGCGAGAUCGAUAGUAGAGGGCUGCGGGAAAGGCUUGUCGAGUUCUUGCUGGGACUCCAGCUCCCAAACGGCGCAAUCCAAGGCGACCAAUGGGGCGAGACCGAUACACGCUUCCUGUACUGCGCCGUAUCCGCACUCGCCCACCUCAACGAGCUCGACCAACUCGAUCGCCAACGCACCAUCGACCACAUCCUCUCCUGCCACAACCCAGACGGCGGGUUCGGCACCGGACCGGGCGCCGAAAGCCACGCUGCCCAAGCAUGGGUGUGUGUGGGCGCCCUCUCGAUCUUCCAAGCCCUCGACCGAAUCGAUCGAGAUCGUGUCGGUGGCUGGCUAGCAGAACGUCAGCUGCCCAACGGCGGACUCAACGGGCGGCCGCAGAAGAUGGAGGAUGUGUGCUACAGCUGGUGGGUGCUGUCGACGCUCAGCGUGCUGGGUAGGCUGCACUGGAUCAAUGCCAAGAAGCUGUCCCGAUUCAUCCUUUCUGCGCAAGAUCCGGAAGAUGGAGGCAUAGCUGAUCGGCCGGACAAUGUCACUGACGUGUUUCACACCGUGUUUGGUUGCGCUGGCCUGUCACUACUCGGAUUUGAAGGCCUGCAACAAGUCGACCCUACCUACUGCAUGCCCUUGCGCACCACGAAAGCGUUGGGCAUCGAUCGGGCGUACCAGAGGCCUCCGCAGAUCGAGUGGGAUUGA